AUGACUAAAAAAACAAAGAAAAAACCUAAAGAAAAAAAAGACGAACUUUUAAUGGAAAGUGAUCGGAUGAAUACAGAAACAAUCAAAGUGAUAGACGCAAGUACAAGACGAGAAUACCAUAUCGGAGAGUUUGAAGCUAAAUUGAGGGAAUAUAAAGUCAGAGUGAGCAACGGAGACACACUCAUCGGAACGUUCGGAGACUCCCGCGGAGCACCCCCAACGUCCACAACACCUGACGGAGAGAUGGUUUCGUUAAAGGAUGGGUUUAUCGAUGUCGGAACGUAUCAAAGUCGACUCGGCACGAAAACAAUUGGUGUCAAUAGCUCUGAGAAUGAAGAGGAGCAACCCAAAGACAAUGGCAUAGAAAUUAUUACUGUUGAACAGAAUAAAAAUGAUGAAGAAAAGAAGGACAUGAGUGAUGGAAGUGAACUGUUUGUAGGUGACAAACCGAAUGAACCUCAAGGCGACGCGUUACAAGAAACAAAAGAGACUGAAAAAGAAGAAACUCUAAAGGACGUUGUUGUUGUCGAACAAAAAGAAGUUAACACAGAAGAGACAAAGGAAAAGAAAGACGAGAAACCGAUGGAAGAAGUCAUCGACGAACACAAAGCAUGUGAACCAACAGUUGAAAAGCCAAUGGAAGAAAUCGUUGAAAAUCACAAUGAAAUUCCCACUGAAAAGAAAGUCGUACAGAUGGAAGAAGUCAUUGAACAACAACAAGAAGUUGUUCCAGAAAAAGAAGUGACGCGUAUGGAGGAAAUAGUUGAGAAGAAACCACUUGAACUUAUCAAAGACGAUGCAAAAAUAAUAGCAAAAGAAGAAGCAAAAGAUAAAGGAGUUGAUACCAAAAUGGUUGAAGUACCCAUCGACACCCCCGUUGAGGAGGAAAAACACGAGAAAUCGGCACUGAUGGAAAUAGAAGAAGGAACUAAUGAACAAUCAAAGAGUGUUCCACAAUUAGAACAACAACAAGAGCAUCAACCAAUGUUGGUAUUAAAGAAAGAACCAUCUGUGAAAAUUAAACGGCUUGUUCCUGAUACUAAAGACGAAGCAAUUCCUUUGGAAAAGCAGCCUGCCGAAGAACACAAAGAAGUUGAGAAGGAAAAGGGAGAAGAAGAGAUAAGUAAAAUAGAAAACGAGAAAAUGCCAGAGGAGCCAAUUCAAGAUGAUUACAAUUUAGAGCGUACUGAAUUGAAUAACAAAUUGGAUCAAAUAGAAUGUGCGCAAGGUCAUAUUAUCGACUGUGUUUCUGGGAUAGAAAUGGUUCAUCCUGUUUUUUUCGACUCGAACAACGCGCCAAUGGCGCCUCGCAAGAAGAAUAGUGUUUCUCGGUUUGAGUUAAUUCGCAAGCAACGGAAGCCGAUUACUUUUGGAGAGCAAGACCUUGGAGAGUUAAGUAUUAUUGAGACGAUACAGCAACGUGAAGAGAACAAGGUGAUGGAUAUUGAGCAUCAGGACAACGAUAAUAGAGAAGAGAGUGUCAACGAGGUUGAAACAAAGAACAUUGAGAGUAAAAAGGAGAAGUUUUUGAUGAAACAUGUGAUAGGGAUUAACAAAGAGUUUAAAAAAUAUGAAGAAGAAGUCCCACCUCCCACUCUAACACAGUCAAAGAGUCAAGGUGGUGAUAAUAAAAUGAUACCAAUGGUCAUAGAGUAUGGGGAAGGGGAUGAUGUUUCGUCGAUUUCGGAAGAAGUUGGAGAGAAGGUUCAUGACAAAGAGAAGUCUUUUCAUGAAUUUGAAGGACAAAUUCUGAACAGUUAUUUUUGUUCGUUGAAUGACCAAAUGGUGAAUCUUAAGAAAAUUGGCUCGGAUAAUUGUUCUAACGAUCUUGCGCAAGCAUUAAAACAGGAAAAGCAAAAUACAGCAAAUGUCGACCUUACUGAUCAACUAACGACUGGAGGACUUACAACUGAGAGAAAAGUAGGGUUUCCGAAAAGAGAAACUGCAGAGAGAAAAAGAGAAAAACGAGGAGGUAUUAAAGAGGAAGUGAAAGAAGUAGUUGCGACCGACAAAAAGGCUGCAGAAGAGGCGAAAAAGGUCAAGAAAGAGAAAGUCGAGAAGAAACCGCGCAAAUCGACUGAUAAGAAGACAAAGAAGGUUGACGAGGAAGGAAAGAAGAACACUUUGUCAAAGAAGGCGGGCCUCCAAUUUCCAGUUGCGAGAAUUCAUGCGGCAUUGAAGAAAGGAAGAUAUGGAGAACAUGUCAACAAAAUGGCAUCAGUUUACUUGACGGCUGUCAUUGAGUACUUGGUCGCUGAAGUUUUGGAACUUGCGGGCGGACAAGCAAAAGACUUUGGAAAGACUAGAAUCACACCAAGACAUAUCCAACUCGCAGUCAGAUCAGAUCUCGAGUUGAACGACUUGCUUAAAGACGUCACUAUCAUCAAUGGUGGUGUAUUCCCUAAUGUCCCAACUGCUGUCAACACAAAGGGAAAGAAGAAACCAGCUCAGUCCCAGGUGGUCUAA